UACUCAAAUUCGGUGCUUGACUAGAACAGAACAAAUACUCCAGCAUUUCCCUUUUGAACCUUGAUUAUUGAUGAUGUGGAGGCUAUUCUUUCAAUUUAUCAGGUGCAAGACUUUGUGUCUUGCAUCUGAUUGUUUAAAAUUAUGUAAGUGGAACAGCUUAUUAGAUGCUUGCAAGCUCAGGAUGGAGAUGUAGUGGGAGAGGAAGUGCCUGCAAACCAAAGGCUAUUUUCCAGCUCUUGAAUCAGG